AUGCCACUCCAUGUGCGGCGCCGCCUGAACCACCUGCAGUCGGAGCUUCUCAAGCGAGAACCGCGCCUUCAGAGGGCAGCUGUUGCCAUGGAGAAGUCGCACGUGACCCUGCUGGUGGCGCGAUUGGCAUUUGACGACAUUGACAAGGCUGCCCAGGCGCUGGAACGAGCGACAGAGGCUUGGCGAGGUGAAGGACAUGGGACUCAUAAGCCUGUGCAGCUUCGAGCAGAAGGGCUGGGCCAUUUCUCGCAGAAUGGCGUGCUGUUUACCCCCCUCCUUCCGCGUGACGCCCUCGAUUCGUUGCGGAAGCACUUGAUACGGGCCUUCACGCAGAGCGGCCUGACCGUAGUGGACGAGAUCCCAGACGAAGCCGCAGAAGCUGCAGUGGUUGAGGAAGUCCCCGAGGGGGCCUCCUUGGCAGUAGCGGAAGAGGCCACCAGGGCGAAGGACUCUGCCCAGGAUUCCGAGCACGAUGCACCAGCUCAAAGCAACAAAAAGCCAGGUGGCCGCAAAAAGAAGCAGCCUGGCGAGUAUCUGCCCCACGUCACAAUCUUCAAGUCCUCACAGGCAGGUCGUGGAAGGAUCGGGCAGCAGGCGGCCAAGGCGGCAAGGCAGCUCAUCAGCCUCGUGGCCAAGAGCAUCGUCGGGGAGAGUGCAGCGCACACGCAGAUCUCCUUCGGAGCAAUUGACUUGGAGGAGUGUGAACUGCUCUCCAUGCACCAUGUCCAGGAUGGCUACUUCGAAGCACAGGCUUCGGCAAGGCUGACGCUGGCGGCCCCGGCAGCGAGUCAGGGAGGCAAGGGAGAGGAGGGAGAUGAGGGAGAUGAGGUCCCCAUCGAUGAGGAGUUCGAGAAGCAGGUAAGCCAAGUGGUGCAGAGCCUUAAGCUGGUGAAGAAGGAGGACAAGAAGAAGCAACAGAGAAAGCUGGCAAAGAAGAGCAAUCGGCAAGGCGACCCUGAAUCAGGAACAGAAGAAGAAGGGCAGCAGGCAGAUGCAGAGUAUGGAAACGACGGAGCGGACGACUUUGAGGAGGAACAAGCUGGCGAGCAGUUUACCCCGGCUCCAGCCAAGAAGAGCUCCAGGGCAAAACGCCAGAAGCUACAGAAGAAGGCGCCGCCAACAGAUGUUGGCACCAAACAGAAGGCGGCGCCGCCGAGGAGAAACAGCAAGAAAAACAAGUCGAACGGCGCACCGCCUGCAAGUAGCGAUGAUGGCCAUGCGGAUGUAGAAGAGAAUGCAGAGUCGUUGCUAUGCAGCGCUGGUGAACACAUGGAGAAAGACAAGAGGAUCGAUCCUGAAGAUGGCUUGGCAUAUACUUGGGGAGAGUUCAGUGCGUAUUACACGGGGAAGUACAAGAAGAAGGUGAUCGAAGCAUACUGGAACGACUGCUACGUGGUUGGUGACACCUGGACACCUGGACACCUGGACCGGACACUUGCCAGAGCGCAGCCACCCCGCUUACAGGAAAAGGACAGUGAAGGGGAGCGUUGCGAGGAGCGUUGGAAGCUCAAAGCAAGGCAGCAGGCAAGCGUUGGAGCAAUUUUGAGUCCUCGGCAGGAUGGCUUGAUGUUGAGAGGAGCCAAUGUUUGCGCGCCGAAGUUAAGGCCUUUGGUCUUUGCAGCCAUCCAGACACACGCAUCCGCUUUUCAAGGAGCCGAGAACAUGCCGCCGCAUGCAACAUUCGGAGACUCCUCUUGUCAGGAUGCAGGGAAGGCAAAGCGAGGCGCCAGCGCAGCCGUGGAGGAGGACGAGUGUGUGCUGAUUGAAAGUGAUGACGUGGCGUUUCCGGCCAAGCGUCACAAGGGCGAUGGGAAGAAGAGCGAGCGGAAGAAGAAGAAUAAGCAGAAGAAGAAGGACAAGAAGGCGAAGAAGACGUCCAAGAAGAAGAAGAAGGGGAAAGACAAGAAAGCUUCAAAAGGUGGCAAAAAGAGCAAGAGAAAGAAGGAGCAGAAAUUCGAAGGGCCUGCUCUGCCGCUGCGAAGCUCGUCCUCGUCCUCGGAGUCCUCCAGUUCGUCUCUAUCCGCAGCGGAUCUGCCGCUGGAGUUUACCAAAGCUGCAGAGGCUGGCAAGGUGAUGGACGCGCAAUACCUCAUCAGGCUCUUUGCCACAGGCCAGCCUGUGUCCCGUACAUCCCAUCCUUGA